UUCUCAAUCCUUUCUUCUCCUCAACCAUGCCUGUCCUUGAAACACUUGGUGGUGCUCAUCAAAUUUUAGACUUCUUUCGUGGGAGAAAUCUUGAUGAGAAUCUACUGAAAAAGUUGAAGCGGAAGCUGAUGGACGUCACUUCUGUGAUAAAUGAUGCAGAACAAAAGCAGUUCACUAAUCCAUUGGUCAAAGAAUGGCUUGAUGAGGUUAGAGACGUCUUGUAUGAUGCAGAGGAUCUGCUCGAGCAAAUAGAGUAUGAAUUCUCCAAGACUAAGUUGGAAGCUGAAUUCCAGACCAGUUCUAGCAAGGUACACAGUUUUGAAUCCAAGAUCAUAGCACUCCUAGAUGAUUUAGAAUCUCUUUUCAACCAAAACAUUGUUAAAGAUUUCAAAAUUUAUAGUGGCGUAAGAUUUGGGUUGGGUAAUAAGGUAUCAGAGAAAAAAGUUGAAUCAAUGUCGUUGGUGGCUGAAGAGGUUAUUUAUGGCAGAAAUGAGGAAAAAGAAAUUAUCUUUACUUGGCUGAGAUCUAACACUAAUGAUAAUAAGCUGCAAAUACUUUCUACUGUGGGUAUGGGUGGGAUGGGUAAGACCACACUUGCUCAACAUGUAUACAAUGAUCCAAAGACAGAAGAAGCUAAAUUUGAUGAAAAGGCUUGGGUUUGCGUUUCUGAUGCAUUUGAUGUUUUGAGAGUAUCCAAAACAAUUAUUGGAGCUUUCACUAACUCAAGAGAUGACAGUGGAGACCUAGAANUGGUUCAUGGAAAAUUGAAAAAAAGGUUGUCCGGGAGGAAGUUUCUUCUGGUUCUAGAUGAUGUUUGGAAUGAAGACCGAAAUCAAUGGAAAGCAUUACAAACUCCUCUUACGUCUGGGGCUAAAGGAAGUAAAAUUCUAGUCACAACCCGUAGUCACAAGAUUAUACGAGUUUAUGUGAUGCUAAAGGGUUACAGACAUUUAUAACCUCUCGGAGGCAUUGGGAGAUGUCAAUAGAAGAGUUAAUAUCCAACUUUAAGUUCUUACGGGUCUUUCAAUGCAUUGGUGUAUUAAGGUGCCUGACAAUAUAGGCGAUUUUAUACAUCUCCGUUCGUUAGACUUUUCAUUUUCCCGCAUAAAGAGACUUCCUGACUCAAUCUGUUUACUCUAUAACUUGCAAGAAUUGAAACUAAACACUUGUGCAAAUUGAAGGAGCUGCCCUUGACUUUGCAUGAGCUCACCAAUUUGCGCGGCCUUGAAGAAUCUUCACGUUUAGGAAAGUUGAGGAAUCUUCACGUGUGGAUGGACAAGUUUGA